AUGGAGCCUGUGAUUAGCCCACUGCCGCGCAACGAGUCGUCAUUCGCCUUGAGACGGGCUGACUUUGACCGCACACGCCGGUUGCAUGCUGGCACGCUCAACAUAUUUCUCGCAGAGGAACCCGCCACCGUCGCCGCGACCACCCCUCACGCGGUUCGUCGCUCUCACCACAAUGAUGAGUCAAACGAGACGCGGGAGUUCAUGUGGGGACGCUUGCGGCGCGUCGAGCCGCCGCAGCACACGGAAACACCGCAAGGUAUCCAUCAUGUGGAGCGGGCUGCGGGGAAGCGACAGAACAUUCAGGUUGUUGGCAUUACGGAAACGUACAAGAACCCGAAAAACUUGCCGCCGGCACGGAGUGGCGUACGCUGCAGGGUGCGAAGCAACUCAUCUUUGAUGCAUGACGUCAUGUCCCAUGCGGGCGAUGGAGUUACGCAAAGCGGCAGCAGACGUCCACAGUUGCGCGUUGUCAAUUACAGUCGGCAGGAACGCUUCUCUCAGGCGGUGCGUGAUCAUGUGCAGCGCCGACGGGGCGGCAUAACAGCCUUCUAUGUUAAUCUUGCGCGCGGUCUGGUGGGUCGCGUUGCGACUGAGACCCCGGUGUCACCUCCGCGGGAGUGGCAUUUGGAGGAUCUACCUCCGACCCACACCUUGACGCUGGACAGUUGCAGGGAUCAGCUGCAGUCACUAACCGGCAUCACCGUCUCGCCAGAAGAGCUGGCAGAGAUAUUGUGGGGCGCAAAGGAAAACAUCGCUUCCUCUGGCGGUGGCGAUCCCAGCGAGAAGGAGCGAGGUCAAAUGACAGUCACAUAUCGCGACUUUUCUGGGGCCUUUGGCGAUAAUGCCGAAAACAACAAACUUCUCUCCCUCAAGAUUUAA